AGUUCUCGAGGCCGUGCACGCAAAGACGUAGAGCUCUGACCAACAACGGGUUCGGUCAUAUUCUAAGUUUACAGUAGUCCGAGUCCGUUACCGAGCAGACGAGAUACGAGACGUUGUUUUCGGGGAAAUUCGUGUCCGAGAUGAGACAAAGCACCAGAAACCACUUUAUCCUGUUGGCAUUCGUGGGAAUUUUCUCCCCGGCCCUCGGAGCCGCUCUGCUUGGAGCACCGGCCUGUCCAGAACCCUGGGGCGUCCAGGCUUACCCUCAUCCCGAGGACUGCGGCUCUUUCUUCCUGUGUACGAAUGGCACCCUGACCCUCGAGCACUGCGAGAACGGCCUCCUCUUCGAUGGCCAUGGCGCGGUGCACAAUCACUGCAACUAUCACUGGGCCGUGCACUGCGGUGAACGCAAGGCUGACCUGACACCUUACAGCACUCCUGGAUGUGAAUAUCAGUUCGGAAUUUACCCGGACAGCGAUUCCUGCAGCACUUCUUACAUAAAAUGCAUCCACGGGGAACCCCACCAAGAGCCUUGCACACCAGGACUUGCUUACGACGACAAGAGCCACACUUGCGUGUGGCCCGAUCAGCUAAUUCCCUACUGCAAUCCGGAAGCCGUCGUUGGUUUCAAAUGCCCUACUAAAGCUCCUCACGGGCCUGCAGCUCGUUUCUGGCCCUUCCCGAGAUUUGCUGUACCCGGAGACUGCGGCAGACUGAUCACCUGUGUCGAAGGCCACCCUCGUCUCAUAACCUGCGGAGAUGGCAAACUCUUCGACUCGAUUAGCCUCAGCUGCACGGAUCCGGACGAGGCGCCUCACUGUGCGAAUCACGUGUAAAAGUCUCGAGCGAGAGGAAGAAGAAUCUGUUUUUUUUUCUGGUACUUCAAUAAAUUCCUGUUCUUCCAAACACGCUGGACAUCACGAGCGAACUAGUGCCAUCAGAUACAUCAGAAUCGGUCAGGCAGCACACUCAAAAAUUGGAGCUCUUCGCCCUCGUAUCGAACAUCGAAGACUACACUAUUUGUCUAAAUAAAAAAAAAAAAACUUUUCAUUGAGAUCAUCACACGAAA